CAUUACGUCGGGCACCUCCAUGACGACACCGUCGGCGGUGGUGGUGGCGGCGAAUGCUAACAGCGCUAGCGGAAGCACUCCAGCUGGCACACACAACAACAACAACCAGUAUAAUGGUGGUGGUGCGGGUGCCAACGACAACAACAAAAUCAUCUCAGAUCCUUUGUGUCAUUUGCCGACCGGAAACACAUCCUUUGAACAAUUGCGCCGCAUUUCGUCUACUUCCGCUGCUGGUUUGGAGCUUUUGCGGGGAUACUCCAGUCAGACCGAAGAAAUUAAUCAGCUUAAAGCUGUAAGCAUUUUUAUGUAUUUUAUACUUUUUUAUAUUUCUUUCUUAUGCUUUUGUUACGUUCUCUGUUGUCUAAUACUUUCUUGGGAUUUUGAAAAAUUAAUAACACAUUGCAAUCUAUUCACUUUCCAUGUGUUGCAGCUGUUCUGUUUCUCGUUUCUGACGUGGCAGCUGCUCGAUCAUGUGCUCUUCAAUCCGUCGCUUUGGAUUUACACGCCAGCCAAUGUGCAGGCGCGCCUGUACUCAUACUUGGCUACGGAAUUCCUCAGCGAUACGCAAAUCUACAGCAAUGUGCGACGUGUAAGCACGGUUUUACAGACAGUGCACACACUUAAAUACUACUAUUGGGUUGUGAAUCCGCGUGCGAAAAGUGGCAUCAUACCAAAGGGAUUGGAUGGUCCACGUCCGGCACAAAAGGAUAUCCUAGCGAUACGCGCUUAUAUUUUAUUGUUUCUGAAACAAUUGAUUAUGAUCGGUAAUGGCGUCAAAGAAGAUGAAUUGCAAAGCAUUUUAAAUUAUUUGACGACCAUGCAUGAGGAUGAAAAUCUUCAUGACGUUUUACAAAUGUUAAUUUCGCUUAUGUCUGAGCAUCCCAGCUCCAUGGUACCUGCUUUCGAUGUGAAACAUGGCGUUCGUAGCAUUUUCAAAUUAUUAGCUGCUGAAAGUCAAUUGAUACGCUUGCAAGCAUUGAAAUUGAUUGGAUUCUUUUUAUCACGCAGCACACACAAACGAAAAUAUGACGUAAUGUCGCCGCACAACCUAUACACACUACUAGCGGAACGUUUAUUACUCUACGAGGAGUCGCUAUCCCUGCCAACCUAUAAUGUUCUCUACGAAAUAAUGACAGAGCAUAUAUCACAGCAAAUUCUAUAUACCAGACAUCCAGAACCAGAGAGUCAUUAUCGUUUGGAAAAUCCAAUGAUCCUCAAAGUCGUCGCCACGCUCAUACGUCAAUCCAAGCAAACCGAAUCGCUAAUCGAAGUAAAGAAGCUCUUCCUCUCCGACAUGACGCUGCUUUGCAAUAGCAAUCGUGAGAACCGGCGCACUGUACUCCAGAUGUCCGUUUGGCAAGAGUGGCUUAUAGCUAUGGCUUACAUACAUCCGAAGAAUACAGAGGAGCAGAAAAUCUCCGAUAUGGUGUACUCACUCUUCCGUAUGCUCUUGCAUCACGCCAUCAAACAUGAGUACGGUGGAUGGCGUGUGUGGGUCGACACACUAGCCAUCGUGCACUCGAAAGUCUCCUACGAAGAGUUCAAACUACAAUUUGCGCAAAUGUACGAACAUUACGAACGCCAACGUACGGACAAUAUUACCGAUCCGGCGUUGCGCCAAGCGCGUCCCAUCAGCACGAUCAGUGGUUGGGAACGUGAGGAGCAGCAGCAGCAGCAACAUCAUCAACACCAUCAACAACCGCAACAACAGCUAGAGCAUACGCAUGCGCAUCAUCAGCAGGCGGCACUGCCAGCGCCUGCGGCACAAGAAGCGCAUUUAAAAGACGCUGAGUCGGUGGGUUCACUCGAAGAUGUACCUCCUGUGGAGGAGGAAAUCGAGGUCGACGAAAUCGAGGCGACAACGCAGGAAGAGACACCUACAAGUGGCGCGAUUGAAACAACGACUUGCGGCUGCUCGCCAGACGAGAAAGCAAACGAUACAGAAGUGGUAAAGGAGGCGUCUGUUAUGGCGAAUGCAACCGAAGACCCAGCAAAGUCGAAAAUAUCCAACAUAUCCGAUGUAUACAAUGAACACAUUAAAUCGGAAGUGAUAGUCACCAGCAUAGUCGAGUCGCCGGAGGUUGCCGUGACCUGCAACGGUAGUGCUUCGUGCUCGUCGACGGCCGCAAGCACCAGCAGUACACCAGCCAAGUCGCCGGUGCCUAAUGGCGGUCAAGAAGCAUUGUCACAAGCCCUCAACCUCAAGCCGGAGGAUUUGGAAGAAAUUGAGCUGGCCACUGCAAAGAUCGCAGCUGGCACGUCCGACGAUACCGAGCAUGUGGCACAAGUGCUGCAAAGCUCCGAAGAGGCGCUGCAACACUGUAAAUUGGUUGCCGACGAAUUGCAGGAAGCUUCUUCUGUGCUCAAGGAUGAAGAGAUUGAAUUGGCAGUGAAUGAAGUAGUGCAAGGUGUGCUCAAGAAUGAGAAGAAGCAGGCGACAAAAGAACCGUCCACCGAUGAGAAUCUCAUUGCCAGCAAUGAAGCAAACACGGCCGAACAGGACAAUGUCUCAUUGCUAAAUACAAAGAACUUGUUAAACAACAAUGCUGACGAGGUCGAGACGACAACAAGCAGCAGCAUUGACAAUAACACAAAAGAUGUCAAAGAAGUAAAUGCGAACAGUGAUGCCAACGAAAAUGUAAACAUAAAAACCAACACAACAAACCACGCCGUGGCGAACUUAGUCAACCCGGCGACUGCUAUUGAGACGCAACAAAAGACUGAAGACAACAAAAUCAAAGAAAAUAACUUAAUUAACAACAACACAAAUACUGCCGAGCCCGCUGAGGUCGAGCAUAUUGCCUCAAAAUUGGCAAUCGUUGUUGCCAAAGAACACGAACACGAGCUAAUGGAUGUGAGCUCUUCGCUUUCGACCACAGUUGAGACCACGGAGGAGAUCUCCUCACUCAGUCCCGAAACAACAGUUUCAAGUGCAUCCAUUACCGAGGAGAAUUUGCUCGCCUUAACCGAUCCAACGCCGGUAGACAGCGAAAGCAUUCAAGUCGAGGCAAUAGCGAAGGAUAUCGUCGAUAAAUUGAUAGACAAGGUGAUAGACGCGACUGCUGCGGAAGAUACGGCGAGUAAAGAGACAAACAACAAUGAAAUCGUGGGCAAGGCGGAGGAUGAUGUGAGUGAAGCGGCUGUUUCGGAAGCGGCCAAAGAAAUUGUGGAAGAUGUGCUAACGUCUGCGCUGCAAAAAGCUGUCGACACAGAAGAGACAGCGGCUGAGGAGAGCUUACUGCUUGAAGAAAGUGCACCAAAAGUAGAUACUACAAAGGAAAGUAUUACGGACAUUGUGCAAACAGUUGUGGAUGAUUUGCUAGAAAAAACAGUGGAUAGCAUAGAAAAAGUGGAAAAGCCUGCAGCCUCAUCCGCUGAGACAA